CACAAAUCACAUCGCAUUUGCAAUAGUUGACAAGCUGCUUACCUUAUGGACAAAGUCGUUUACACGGAUAGUUUGAAGCUUGUUCUGGUUGAGAAAUGGAUAAACGCUUCAUGAUACUGUCCUAUGUGUGCUUCGCAUCGAGUGUAGUCGCCGCUUCAUACCGAAGAUAUAACUUAACGGACAAGGAUAUCCGCCUUGUUGGUGGUUACAGCGAUUUGGAAGGACGAGUUGAAAUUAGAAAACAUGGCGUCUGGGGAACCGUGUGUUCGUAUGGUUUUGGUGUGAACGCCGCCAAUGUGCUCUGUAGAAUGCUGCACAAAGACCUGCGUUCUCUAGAAUACUACAUCGACGGGCGAUAUGGUGAUGGACGGGGACCUAUAUUUUAUACUUAUCUGCAUUGUUUGGGUUCAGAAGAAUCGAUAUACAACUGUUCCCAAUACAGUGCGUCGUCAUGCACACACUCCAAUGAUAUUGGCUUAAUGUGCGUCGGUUGUCCAAAUGCAACACUCGAAACACCCCAUGGCCUGCUUGAGCAUGUGAACAUAACCAACUUCGGUGAUGUGUACAGUGGUCCGUGUAUGAGAGGAUUAUCUAAACAAGAGUUCAUGUUUACAUGCACCCCAUUAGGUGGAUGGAUUGAACAUAUUAACCACUGCGAAAAUAACGAUAUACGUGACAUUCGUCUGACUGGUAAAAGUGACUACUACAUGGAGGGGUUUGUAGAGGCAUUGAUAGGUGACACGUGGCUUCCACUAUGUGGUACAACGAUCAUCAACAGGAACACAUAUUAUUUUUACUCUACACAGACAAACGUUCUCUGUUCGAAGUUUGGAAUGACCUCCAAAACAUAUAGUGGCAGCAUGAAAACACUUCAAAGUCCAGGUGUUAUCCUAUCGAACUGUUUUGGAAAUGAGACAAACGUCAAUCAGUGUAGACAUUUUAUAGGACAUGUAUGUCAGUAUCAGACGUGGAUCGCAUGCAAAGUUUCAGGUGAUACUAAGCACAAUAUAAAAACAAUCCAUUUAGAAAGCGGGUCAAGUCCUUAUGAUGGUCGCAUUGCAUUAUACGUAGAUAAUGUAAUUGGCAGUGUGUGUUUCGACAGCUUUGACUAUGAGGAUGCGAAAGUCGUUUGCAGAAUGUUUGGAUUUAGUGCAUCAUCGUAUUACCUCGAUGUCCAUGCGAUUGUGCAAGACCGAUAUGCACUAAUAAAGGAUCUUGCAUGCAAUGGAUUUGAAAAUCAUAUCAACAACUGUUCGUAUAUUUGGCCGAGUUCUUCAAAUAAGUGCCUAUACAAACCAACUCGUGUUCUAUGCGUUGAAUGUGGACGCCUCGAUGUACAAUAUGGCAUCGUACAGUCAUACGACUACAGGACAAACACAGUGAUAGUUCGUUGUCAAACUGACAAUCCAAGAACAGUUCAAUACAUAUGUAACAGAAACGGAACGUGGACAAAAGAAACAUCAUGUAGACCGAUACAAAUUCAGGAAAUACGUCUUGUUGGCAUAAAUAGUUCUUUAUUGGCUGGUACAGUGGAAAUAAAGAUAAACAACGUUUGGGGAACUAUUUAUGCUGACGAAUUAGGAUAUAACGAAGCUCGGGCUCUUUGUGAAAUGAUGAAUUACAGGUCUUAUGCGAAAAUAUAUGCAGGAUUUGGUCCUGGGACCGGUUCAAUUCAUGUGGGCUCAUUUCGAUGCACUGGUUCCGAAAAGAACAUAAACGAGUGUGUAUUUACCAAUGAGACAACGUGGAGCUAUGCAAAAGAUGCCGGUAUCAUAUGCGGAGGCUAUAACGAGAAGGUUAAUAUAACAGGCGUUAGGUUGGUGAACGGAUCAAGCAAAUCUAACGGAAUUGUUGAAUUGCUUCACGGCGGUGUUUGGCGUUCGCUGUGUGGGCAAUUAUACCAGCCAGACAAACUUUGCAGAUCGUUGAACAUGACUUAUUUACGCCAUCGCUGCUGUUCAAAACAUGAACAUAGAAGUGGAUUGAUAUAUAGUCCCCGAUUAAGUUGUUACUCAACAAAUACCUACAUUGGUGAAUGCAGAUAUGACCCAAAUCGUUAUGUCGAUUAUCUGACAUGGGGAUAUUGUGGUGGUUCAAACAUACUUGUUUGCUCAGAAUGCCCGCAGCUAAAUGUGUCUAUGGGUAGUAUUGUGUACUCUGAUGAUGGGGCUACCGCUACACUGCUAUGUAAUGAAGGAUAUUUUUCAAAUAUAACAUCAUUUCGAUGUCAUGGUGGCAAUUGGUCUGACAAUAAUAUUAAUUGUAUUUUAAGUCCACAACUCAACGUUACGCAUGUACGGCUCGCUGACGGUUCUAACUCAAACGCCGGAAGAUUGGAAAUAGCUGUCAAAAAUGCCUACCGUGUCGCAGCAGUCUACAACGGAUCAUACUUCGGGCCAGGUUCUGGACAAAUCUACAUCGAUCAACUGGACUGUACAUCGCAUCGAAACCACAUAAAAGAUUGUUAUUACAGGAAAACGGGAAUUUGUGAUCACUCAAACGAUGUUUCAUUGGUUUGCAACGAAUGUGGCAAACUUGUCACGGUCCUAGAUGACAGGAUGUUUGAGUUCAGUGACUCGAACGUAGUUAUGUACGGUGAUUGUUCAUUUUACAAGUCUUACGUCGGUCAGCUGCGCGCGAUCUGCGACAAAGGCACGUGGACAACACUUGGGAAUUGCAUCGAAUACAGUAAACCCAUGAACGUACAAAGUGUACGUCUUGUGAAUGGAAGAACUCAUGCUGAGGGGAGGGUCGAGAUGAAAGUGUUUAACACAUGGGGUACCGUAUGCAGUACUCACUUUGGGAUGAAGGAAGCAGAAGUGGUUUGCAGGAUGAUGGGAUACCUGCGUGCUCAGUCGUUUGCUGGGAUUGGCAGUAGUGGAGUAGGAACUGGUCCUAUUUUUAUCGACGAGCUUAACUGUGGGAACGACGCCUCUCAUAUCAACGACUGUGAAUACACCACGUACCAUAACUGUUCACACGAUCAGGAUGUGUCUGUGGCUUGUUCUGAUUGUGGCAACGUUGAAAUUCACGAAGGUCGCAUACUGACCCAUCCCGUAAUCACAACAGUCAAUGCUACGCUAACGUUUUCCUGCAAUGAAGGAUUCGAAAUGCUGGGAGCAGACACCAUUACAUGUGAACGUACCGGAAAAUGGAGCAGUUCACCACCUACGUGCAGGAAGAAAUCAAAUAUGACUGUGUUGCUCGCUGCUUCCGUUUCAUCCGGGACCUUAGUCGUUACGGGAAUUAUAGCUGUGUCCGUGUUCUUCUUCAAGCGAAGAAGAAAUCGAACGUCCAGCAACAAUUACAGAAAAUCAAUAGAUAGAUGCGUUACGACAAAACCUAAUACUUAUUUAUCAUCAGUUAACACAGUCCAAGAUGGAAACAAUCAAGUUUAUGUUAACUCGGGAAUGGACAGCUCCAAUGAAGACUAUGUUGAAUUGGACGAUGUAACUCCCCAUGGCAGAAUUACAGAGACCGAAAGGUAA